AACAGAAACACUUGUUUCCAAAGGUGUUCGGACCCCAGCCUGGUCCUGUUCUUCGAGUAUUCAACGAUCGGCCGUGUUGGCCUCGGCAAAGUUUCUUUCUUUUUGUCGCUCUCAGAGACUGUUCGUUCCCGUGUGAUGUUCUUUGGUUCCACACCGGUCUGAGCCACCACCGACAGAGGAUUUACCACUUGGCGGCUUGAGAGACGCCCGCGGGGAUUUUUCUUCUCCGGCGCUGAACCUCGAACACCUCAUUUCACCUGAGUCACCUGUAUCAGGAAGAGCCGGCAGAGCAAUGGCGCCACGCACCGAGACCACAACCAUCACGACCACGGAAACCCGAUCCAAGGUGGACGGCGACGACGCCGGGGUCCCGGCCGUGGAUCCGAUCAGGGGCAAGCCCGAGCCCUUGGAGAUAAUCUGGAUCAACGUCUUCAAGAUCCUCGUGAUCCACCUGAUGGCCCUUUACGGCGCCUACGUCGCUGUCACCGCAGCCCAGUGGAAGACCCUCCUAUUCACACUCUUCUACGUCGGCUGCUCCGGCCUCAGCGUCACGGCUGGAGCACAUCGAUUAUGGAGUCAUCGUUCCUACAAGGCUAAGCUGCCUCUUCGGACCCUUCUUAUGCUCUUCAACUGCAUGGCUGGACAGAAUGACAUCUACGACUGGGUCCGGGACCAUCGCGUGCAUCACAAGUACUCCGAGACGGACGCGGAUCCGCACAACGUGAACCGCGGCUUCUUUUUCGCCCACGUCGGAUGGCUCAUGUGCAGGAAGCAUCCCGAGGUCACAAAGAAGGGGAAGGCCAUCGACUGCGCCGACGUCUACAACGACCCCGUGGUGCGCUUCCAGAUGCGGUAUCACAUCCCAAUGACGAUCCUGUUCUGCUUCAUCAUGCCCACCAUGAUCCCCCACCGCUACUGGGGUGAGGCCAAGUGGAACAGUUUCUUCGUGGCGGCCAUCCUUCGCUGGGUCUUCCAGCUCAACUCCACGUGGCUGGUGAACAGCGCCGCGCACAUCUGGGGCCAGAAGCCCUACGACAAGGCCAUUUCUCCAUCGGAGAACUGGCUCGUGUCCGUCCUUGCAAUUGGCGAGGGCUUCCACAACUACCACCACACGUUUCCCUGGGACUACUCGACCAGCGAGCUCGGCUGGCGGUUAAACCCGUCCACGAUGUUCAUCGAGGCCAUGGAGAAAAUCGGUUGGGCAUACGACCUCAAGAAGCCCACCCAGGAGAUGAUUCAGCAGAGGGUUCAGCGGACGGGCGACGGGAGUCACCAUUCACUCCACGCCCACGACCACUGAUCACCGUGGUGUGCUGCCUCACCCUCACACCGGUGCGGCCCUGACAUUUUAUAGUGAACCCGAAGAGUGUAUCCAACGUAGUAGCCUGUCGGUAUAAAAAAAAAUAUAUGAACAAUGUGAGGCUGCCGCUCGGAUUGUUGCAAGAUGGAGUGAAGUUUGGAAGGCUGGAUGAUCUCGCACGUACGUUUCUUCUUUUUCCCUUUUUUUUUGUUUGUUUUUUGUGGUAGCUUGAAGACGUACUUUACUAUGUUACCGCAUGUUUCAAUGAGUCUGAACUGUAUUUGUAAUUUGUUCUUGUGAUUGUACCGCUUGCGAUGAUUGUUCGACGGGAAGAAAUGACUGGAAACAAUGCCGGGUCUUUCGACGACGCUACGAACGGACCUCACGUGAUUAAGGUUGUACGAAGGCAUGUAGACUACUUGGUCGAGUCGUAACCAAAGGUUGAAAUAUGCGGUGUGCGUUCUGUAUUGAUGCACUUCCCUAUGCCUACUACGAUCAGAGGGUCCUUCCUCGCACGAUGCUCUGAACUGUAAAUAGACCAUACGCGAUAUAUUUUAUUAUGAAUAAAAAAGUUAGCAAGCGAAAA